AUGUCUCCCUCAAAAUUGUUCAAGGCGGGGACUCUGGUCCUCGCCUGUGCUAACACUGUGGCGGCAACUAUGGAGUACACACUUGCUUCUGAGGAUAACUACUCAGGGAACACAUUUUUCGACAGUUGGGAUUUCUUUACAGCCGCCGAUCCAACGAAUGGGUUCGUACAGUACGUGAGCAAAGCUGAGGCUGAAUCAACAAGUUUGGGAGGAAAGUUGAUCGACUAUAAAACGGUGCCUACGAGCGAAAAUCCUACCGGAUACCAAGCAUAUAUGGGUGUGGAUCAUUGGAACACAUAUUCCCCCGAUUCCGGUCGACCGAGUGUCAGAAUCACAUCUAACAAACCGUACCAACAUGGACUUUUUGUUGCAGAUUUCGCCCACGUACCCUCGAACACUUGCGGCACUUGGCCAGCAUUUUGGACCGUAUCCCUGGACGAUUGGCCGAACGGGGGAGAAAUCGAUAUAUUGGAAGCUAUCAACGAAGAGGUCCAGAGCACAUCAACGCUCCACACGGGUUCCGAUUGCUCUGUUCAUGGGAACAAGGAAACCAUUCAACAAACUGGGCUUCAAGUUUCAUAUAACUGUUCUCAAUGGGCAACGUAUGACGACCCUUACGGUGCGCAAUAUUCAAGCCAAGGGUGCUCCGCGAUGAACCCUGACAGAGGAUCCUAUUCGCCUCAAUUGAAUGAAAAUGGCGGUGGUAUCUAUGUGAUGGAAUGGACAAGCGAAGCGAUCAAGAUCUGGACCUUUGAGCCGAGCAGUAUCCCGGAAGACCUACAGGCCGGAACUCCGAACCCUGAUUCUUGGCCGUUGCCAGUGCUUACGACAGCUGGCGGCUCCUGUGAUAUCGAUGAAUCGUUCCAACAGCAUCAGAUGGUCAUCAACACUGAUUUCUGUGGCAGCUAUGCUGGACAACCACAAUUCUGGCAAACGACGUCCUGCUACGAUCCUAUCAAAUAUCCGACGUGCAAUGAUUACGUGGCGGCCAAUCCCACCAUGUAUGAAGAUGCGUAUUGGUUGAUUAAUAGUAUCAAGGUCUACCAGCAGACGUCUGCUUCCAGUACUGCAACUAGCUUUUCAUCGUAA